UUGCCAAUCCGUAUCCCCAAAUCGAUAACCAGGAAGAAAACAUGAACGUAGCCGAGCGGCUAAUGCUAACUAGUGUUGCGUUAAAUGUUUUAAGGUAGUUAUAAAACUGAAGAUUACUUAAUAAUACUUUAAAUUUAGAAUUUAUAAGAGACUGACACAGUGUUACGGAUAAAAGUGACUGAAGAGAUGCAGGCCGGUGACCCAGUGGUCGGAGCAUCAGUAGGGGUGUCUGGCAUUCAGAGUCGGUCUGAGGAUGAAGAGUCGCUUGGUGUCAAAGAUGUGAAAAGGACAGCAACACAAGCUUUUGGGGGUGGUGUUCCCAAGAGGAGAAGUUCCUCCAGGUCAAUAAAAAGAAAGAAGUUUGACGAUGAGCUGGUGGAGAGCAGUCUUGUGAAGUCGUCCAGUAGAGUUAAAGGGCCUCCUGUCAUAGAGCCUAUUCGCUGUUUGGGCAGCGAACCUUUAUCUAUUGAAAAGAAAAAGGUGACAAAAUCAGGAACUGCUCUUACACCACCUCUUGCCAUGGUAUUAAACCCUUCACCUCUGCCCAAAAGAGUAAAGAAAAGCAAGCAGCCUUUACAUAUGACCAAAGACUUGGGACGCUGGAAACCCACAGAUGACCUUCUGCUAAUAAAUGCGGUGCUUCAGACUAGUGAUCUAACUUCUGUCCAUCUGGGGGUCAAGUUCAGCUGUCGCUUUACUUUGCGGGAAAUUAUAGAGAGAUGGUAUGCUUUGCUCUACGACCCUGUCAUCUCAAAGUUGGCAUGGCAAGCCAUGCGGCAGCUUCACCCAGAGGCAAUCGCAGCAAUCCAGAGCAAAGCUCUCUUCAGUCAGGGUGAACAGGCGCUGCUGGCCAAGAUUGGUUCAACCAGUCAGCCCAAAAUGGACGUUUUCCAGGAGCUUCUGAGCAAACACCCCGGCAUCUUUCACUCAUCUCGCACCCCCAAGAGCCUGAUGGUUCACUGGCAGCUGCUGAAGCAGUACUACCUGCUAGAUGACCAGAGUGUACAGCCCCUUCCUAAAGGUGACCAGGUCCUCAAUUUUUCAGAUGCUGAGCAGAUGGUUGAUGAUGUCAAAUUAAAGGAUAGUAGAGACGAGGUGUUAGAACACGAGCUGAUGAUCUCAGACCGUCACCAGAAACGGGAGAUCCGACAGUUGGAACAGGAGUUGCCCCGGUGGCAGGUUCUUGUGGAUAGCAUCACAGGGAUGAGCAUGCCUGACUUUGACAAUCAGACACUUGCGGCGUUACGAGGACGAAUGGUGCGGUACCUUAUGAGAUCAAGAGAGAUUACACUGGGGAGAGCGACGAAGGACAAACAGAUAGAUGUAGAUCUGUCACUAGAGGGACCCGCUUGGAAAAUAUCCAGAAAACAAGGAAUAAUUAAACUGAAGAAUAACGGAGACUUCUUCAUCGCUAAUGAGGGCAGACGACCCAUCUACAUCGAUGGCCGACCGGUCCUGUCAGGCAACAAGUGGAAGCUAAACAACAACUCUGUGGUGGAGAUUGCAGGUCUUCGUUUCGUCUUCCUAAUUAACUUGGAGCUUAUCUCGCUGAUAAAAGCCGAAGCCGCUAAGAUGACUCAGCAGUAAAAGGCAGCCAGCAGCAGUGUGUCUACGGCAUGCCCACCGAGAAACGGACUCUCAGUAAUCGUGACCCUCAGUGUGAAUCUUCAAUGUGGUAUAUGGAUGUUUUAUUUUGUAAUGCAGACACUCAUGGUUGAGUCCUGUUGUGUCCGUUUUUCAGAGCAUUGUAUUUAAAUUCUCACACCAAGCAUUUUUUUAAAUAAUAAACUUGUUUAGCUUAUGUCCUA